AGCUUUUUGUUAAUUUCUUUAUAUUGAUUUUAGAGAGAGACGUGGAUUUGUUCCACUUACUUAUGCACUUAUUGAUUGACUCUUUAUGGGCCUGACGGGGGAUUGAACCCCAACGUUGCUGUAUGGGGAGGACGCUCUAACCAGGAGCCGCCGGCCAGGCCAGCCCCCAGCUGCUUCACCAGCUCCCACGACGGGCAUGUGGGCAGCUGCCGUGUCUUGGCUGCUGCAGGUCCCGCUGCAGUGGACACGGGUGCCUGUGUCUUUGCACUGAUGCUUCCAUAUCCUUUGGAUAAACACCCAGAAGAGGGGUUGCGGGUCACGUGGUCGCUCUGCUUUUAAUUUUUUUGAGGAAACGCCAUGCUGUUUUCCACGGUGGCUGCACCAGUUUACGUCCCCCCAGCGUGGGCAGGCGCCCUGUGCUCCACGCCCGGCCAGGGCUUGUUCUUUCUUGUCUUGACGGCAGCCUUUCUGGCGGGUGGGAGCUGGUACCUGGGGGUUGGUUUGCAUUUCCUCAUCAGCGGUGUUGACCGCCCUUCAUGUGCUUUUGGCUGGAGCAUCCCUCGACCUGCCUGUGGGGGUGCUCUGUCGGACGUGUGGGAGUGUGAGCGGAGAGCCUCCUGCUGCGUGCUGCUCUCACGACUCGCUGCUCGUGUACCCCGGCGCCUGCGUCGGGCACAUGCAGAGUACAUGUCGCAGAGCAAGCACGCCGAGGCCCGCGAGCUCAUGUGCUCCGGGGCACUGCUCUUCUUCAGCCACGGCCAGCAAAACAGUGCUGCGGACCUGUCCAUGCUGGUCUUGGAGUCGCUGGAGAAGGCGGAAGUGGAGGUGGCCGAUGAGCUGUUGGAAAACCUGGCUAAACUGUUUAGUCUGAUGGACCCGAACUCCCCGGAGCGCGUGGCCUUUGUGUCCAGGGCCCUGAAGUGGUCCAGCGGGGGCUCCGGGCGGCUGGGCCACCCCCGGCUGCACCAGCUGCUGGCCCUCACCCUGUGGAGAGAGCAGAACUACUGCGAGUCUCGGUACCACUUCCUGCACUCGGCCGACGGGGAGGGCUGCGCCAACAUGCUGGUGGAGUACUCCACGUCCCGCGGCUUCCGCAGCGAGGUGGACAUGUUCGUGGCCCAGGCCGUCCUGCAGUUCCUCUGUUUAAAAAACAAAAGCAGCGCGUCCGUGGUGUUCACGACGUACACCCAGAAGCACCCGUCCAUCGAGGACGGCCCUCCCUUCGUGCAGCCGCUGCUCAACUUCAUCUGGUUCCUGCUGCUGGCCCUGGACGGAGGCAAACUGACCGUGUUCACGGUGCUGUGUGAGCAGUACCAGCCGUCGCUCCGGCGGGACCCCAUGUACAACGAGUACCUCGACAGGAUAGGACAGCUCUUCUUCGGGGUGCCGCCCAAGCAGACGUCUUCCUACGGGGGCUUGCUCGGCAACCUUCUGAGCAGCCUCAUGGGCUCCUCGGAGCAGGAGGGCGAGGACAGCCAGGACGACAGCAGCCCCAUCGAGCUCGACUGACGCCCCGACCUGCACCAAGAGGCGCCCCGCCCCGCCUGGCGGCGGGUCCCCAGGGCCUGGCCGGCUCCCAGGCCGCGGGGGUUCCGUCGGCCGCCCGUGUGCCCCGGCGGAGGGCACGGGGCUGCGUGGCGCGGCCUCCGAUUGACCCACAAUAAAGCACAGGCUUGCGUGCCACCGCCUCUCGGUCUUUGUUUCGGGUUUGCUUUGGGGGCCGAGGGUCGACACAGGCACCGGGUCGGGGGGCUGCCAUCGGCCGCCCCACGUGGACGCCUGUGCCAAAUCCCGGAGCCGUGCCUGCACGUGGCCUCGCAGACGGCGGAACUGCCGGCCGCCGCCUCGAGACGCACUAUUUAUUUCCUGGUGACGAUUCCUUCCCCGGCGGCCUAGGUCUUACCCAAGUGCCGCGGCCCUCUCGGCUCUACAGAUGUUCCCGGGGUGACAGCGGGACACACUUUUAUUUUUCCACAAUUAAAGUCAGAGUUGUAGAUUAUUACUCAGUGAUCAUGCAUGAAGGAGCGGACUAGACCACUCUGUUUGCUGUAAAAAUGGAAUAAAAGGGAGGUUUGUGUUCAUCGUUGAAUUUAAAUAAAUUCUUUCUACUGGG